UACAGUGUGUUUGAUGUCUUUUAACGGGUUUACCUAGAUUUAAUGUGCAGAUUUUUGUGUCAUGGUUCGGGACAGAAGUGUUUAGACACGUCUAGUGUGGAGGAGACACUUUUAGUGGACGUACGAGAGACGUGCUAACUACGUGUAGCUUGCUAGCAUGUCAUUUCGUUACUCUGCGAUUGUACUGCAAUGUGUUGAAGUUUGUUUUUAAUGUGUGCAAAUAUAUAAAGUUCAUUUGAUGUUAUGGAUAAGUGCUAUACACCGGGCCCGAGCUGUCAAUUUACCCCUUUCUUAUUAACAAUCUCAACGAACUUUAAUGUUGUACCGUUAUUAAUGCGAAACCAAUGUAACCAUAGCAGCUUCAGUGCAAAGAUCAGGACGCGGUUUUCCAAAAUGUCCUCUUCAAUGGAAGAAGAUGAGGAAGCGGACGAGGAGGUCCAGUUUGUAUCAGAAGCUUCCCACAGACCAGUGCUGGAUUUUAUUGAUAUACUGAGUGACAGCGACGAAGACAGGGGUUUGAGUGAAGUGAUUGAAGAUAAGAUUGAGCGACAGAAAGCCCAGGUCAAUUCCACGCUGGACCGGCUCAUGCGGCGAGUGGCGGCCGAGAAGCGGGAGAGAGCAGACAAAUGUAAAGCCUUUAAGGAGAAGCAGAUGUCACAAAGGGCUCAUGGGCGUCGAGAGCUGGCGUGUGCCGCCACCGAGAGAACCGACUACGACGCAAAGCGCUGUGUGGACAUGUGGUUGAAGAUGCCAGGUGUUCGACCCGGUGGGGUGAACGGCGGAAGGGGGAUGGGAAGGCCCCAGCGAGGCUCUUUCCCCAGCGGGAGCACCUCCAAGCACACCUGUCCAGUGGCCAACUGUGGGAAGGUGUUCGACAACAUUCCCCUCAUUGAAGGUCAUUUGAAAAGGUUCGACCACUCCCCGUGCGACCCCUCCAUCCACCUCAAAGGGAGCCCCUCCAAUGUCUUUGCGUGCGUCGUCUGCACCCGCCGUUUUGACACCCAUGGGGCGUGGAUGCUCCACCUCCAGUCCAAGGUGUCCUCAUCGGACCCCGGGGGCCACGAUAUGUCCCAGACCUGCCAGACCAUCGUGUGUUUCGCCUGCCCCGCCUGCUACCUGCUGUUCAGCCUCCGGGACGAGUGUCUCCAGCACAUGGCCGCCAAAAAACAUUACACACACGCCCUCGGCAUGAUCAAGGAUUCGAAGGCGAGAGCAUUGCCGGUUCCCAUCCCUUCAUCUGCUAAAAGUCGCCUCAUCGAUUUGUGCAGCGGCGUGGAUUUCAACGUGCGGUGCAGUGAAUGCCGCAAAGCGCUGACCUCGCAUCAGGAAGCUCAAGCGCAUUUCAACGUGUGCUGCAGACAGGGCCGUGCCGUCUCCGAGGCGGAGAAGACGGUGGUGCAGAUGAUGAGGCGUCUGCUGCCGCGGGGCCAGUGCUCCCCCUGCUGCGAGCUCUUCCUCAGCCAGGAGGCGCUGGAGAGCCACAGGGAGGCCACCCGGCACGCCGUGGAGGUCAACCCGACGGCGGAGACGGCCGUCCUCCAGUUCUGCCGCCUCAGCGAGAUCCAGCGCGCCCGCCGGGCCAAGGAGCGCGGGGGGCCGCCGCAGCGGAAGAGGGCCGACGUCGGAGGGCACUCGGCUCCGGCCAAGAGGCAGCGGCUGGACUCGGCGGCGGACGGAGACGCGGGCGCCGCCCCCGCGCUGGCGUGGGUCUGCGAGUGCGGCCUGCACUUCUCCCAAGAGGCCGCGGCCAAGACGCACCUGAUGGCCGCCAACGAGGUCUUCCACCUGUGCGGCGUGUGCGGCAAGCGCAUGGGCGACCUGUCCAUCACGCGGCUGCACAUGUGCCGCUUCCACGGGGGCGCGCACCUCGCCAACUUCCUGUACCACUGCCGGCGCUGCAAGGUGGACAUGCCCCGCUACGAGGACAUCCUCUCGCACGUGGCCGACGCCCACGGCGGCCACGGCUACUUCGUCGAGCGGGAAGUGCCCCGGGAGCGGGUGGUCCCCGACGCCAAGCCGUCGACCAGCGGCACCGGCGGUCGCUCCGAGGCUCCGGCGGCCCCGCCCCCAGAGCCGGCGCCGUGUCCCACGUGGAUGUGCCGGAUGUGCGAGGAGACGUUCGGCACGGAGGCGGAGGUGGGCCGGCACUGCGGCGACGUGGCCAACCACAGCUUCCAGAGGUUCGUGUGCGGCCACUGCCCCCAGAGGUUCUUCAAGGAGUCGACGGUGCGCCGACACUGCCGCGGCGAGCACGGUGGCGAGCGGGUGGCCGUGGCGUACUUCUGCGGCCUCUGCGACAGCAUGCGGUUUGAGCGGGAGGAGGAGUUCACGGAGCACUACGAGAGGCUCCACAGCAAGGACUACUACCGCGUGGACGACCACGGGGGCGGCGGGAGCGCGGCGGGCGGCGCCAGGUCCGGCGAGCACAGCGGCGGCGGCGGCGACGACGAUGCGCCGGGUCCCUGUCCCUGCAUGGGCUCGGAGAAGGGCGACGACGAGAGGAAGGCGUUGUUCACGCGGUGCGUGAAGAGGCUGUCCGCCGAGGGACGGUGCCGAUACGUCUGCGCCCCGUGCUCCGUCACGGUGGCGUCCUUCGCGCGGAUCAAGACUCACGUCGCCACCACGCACCCUGGCCUGAACCUGGCCAAGACCUUCGACGUCGUGUGCAGCACUUGCCUGGAGACGUUUGAGAGCGUGCCGACUUUCCAUGAACACUUCCACUCGGAGCAUUGUCUCCUGGCCCCCUGCCGCGGCCGCGGGCGCAGCGAAGCCUCCACCCCCGACAGCAUACCGGACGCCCUGGAGGUCAAGCCCGAUCUCCAUGGAAAGUCCCCUUCUUAGUUUCUUCUAGUUGACAACUCAAGGCUGUCUAAAAAGAUUAGACAGGAUUGGUAUGUUUAUUUUCUUUGUUUGUAACUCUUGCAGGUGCUGGCGAUGUCAUCUUGGCUAAGGUCCUGGGCAUGGACGACGGCGCCAAAGACGGGGCUGCCCAGGAAGGUGACUCGGAUGAAGAAUUGAUCCGUGCCUUGGCUUUAAGUGAGGCAGAAGCAAAACCGUCAACAGGUGAGGCAGACGUGGAUUUGGAACAAGCGUUGGUGAUGAUAAGCGUGUCACAAACAAGAGCGUCACCAGACUUGGAAGAAGCGCUGCAGAGGAGUCUUUUGGAAUUCUAACGAGGAACGUCUAUUAUUUGAGACUUGUUUAAUAUUCUCAAUCACGUGUAUGGUCAUAACAUUAUAUUUCAGUUGAAAGUCUAAUAAACUGUUCUAAAAUAAAGCUGAUAUUUCUGUG